CCGUUCCGAGGGUUCCAUAUUUAAUGGUUCCCGUUCCAGGUCCCGUUCCUCAUUCGGGAUCGGUUCGCCAAGUCAACAAGAAUCGGACGAGUGUGCCUUUGGAACAUUGCUCUGAACCACUAGAGGUGUUAGCUCUUUUUGGCCUGAGCACGCCCUAUCAUCGCAUCCAUCGCUGUUCCUUUCUAUUUCCAAGACAUGAGGGGCUGCUCCCCUCUGUAUGUGCUGGUUGUGGUCAUCCUGAAUCAAGUGGCUGAUGGAAGGCGUCUGGAGCACCUGGAGUACUCCAGACCCAUGGCCAAUGCCCCUAUGGCCAACAAGGCAGGAGGAAUUAGCAAAUUCCUUGAGCCCAAACCCAUGUCUCCUCAAAUGGCUUUCAACCGACAGGCCCUGGCCCAUCCAAGGAUGCCUUUCCAAGAGGUGAUCCAUCAUCCUCUGGCUCGACGAUCUUCAUCAGUUCGUCAGUUCAACUUUGAAGAUGAGCAAUACCUUAUGGAGGCCUUGCUUGAAGGCCUAGAAUUUGAACGACAGCUCAAGAGCAUGCUUGAACCAGGAUUGGCCAAGCGCGAAGAGGACGAUUUGGAUCAGUUGCUCGGAAGUUUGCUGCAGAAGCGGCAAGCUCGAUCCGUCGAGAAAGCACCAGCCUAGAAGAUCACGGAACCACGGGCAAUUGGGUGGGUGAGAGCGUGCCUUUACACGUAAUUGAUGCUUGGAGAGAGAAAGACACCUUCUACCCGGAUGACAUAGUGAUGCUUGGGUUCCCAUUUGAACGACAAUUGAAAGAGUACAACGAUUCCUCAUUACCGCCAAAAUGUCAGCGCUCAUCUCGGCGUGUUUUGACUUAAAUUCCCUUCACUUCGACCGUUUACAUUUGACAUGUAGUACCUCUCGCACUCGGUUUUCUGCUCCAUAUAUGCAUUCAAUCUUCACAUGAGAAUUAUCAGAUGACAACAAGAAAUAAAACACUUGAGAGUGCGA